GCUACGACACGAUGCACAGCAUGCUGUAUCUCGCGUCCGCCAGCCUGUCUGCGGCGGCACUGGCUGCGGCUGUCGACGUGGUCGUCCCGGCUUCGGUGCCCUUGGGCGCGGCGAGGCUGGAUAAGGCGCCCGUUGGUAUCUCAUACGAGUUCUUUGCCUUCCCAUCCUAUCGCCUAAACGUCUCUGCUACUGCGAGGUGCGAGCGCAACCUGAGAGACCUAUCUGGCACAUGGCCGCCCGUGCGCAUUGGUGGGACGACGCAAGACCGCGCGCUCUUCGACCCCGCGCUCGACGCGUACGUCAGCUACAGUGUCGCGGACCCGGCGGACGCGCCUGCGGACCUGACGUUCGGGCCAGGGUUCCUGGAGCUGGCGGGCGAGUACGAGGGGAGAGUUACGCUGGGCCUCAACAGAGGCCGCAACAACCUCGACAACACCAUCGCUGCCGCCCGCGCCGCCGUCUCCGCUAUGCCCAACCUCCUCGCCAUCGAACUCGGCAACGAGCCCGAAUACUACCCCAAAGACGGGCAGCCCAUCGCUGCUGGGACAUGGGACCCAGCCACGGACGCCGCCUCGCAAGCAAAUUGGCAGCUGGCGGUCGGCGGCGCGCUAGCGUCCGACUCAACAUUAAACACGGCGCCGCCGGUGUUUGAGGCGGGCAACUCGCUGGAGAGCCCGGACACGUGGGGCGCGAGGGAGCUGAUUCAGGCGCAGAACGAGAGUGCGCGGGAGUGGGUGAAGUCGUAUUCGCAUCACAAUUACCCGGGCGGCGGGAUCGAGGACCUUAUGAGCCAUGCCAAUGUGGUAUCGAACGUGGAGCAGUUCGGUGACGACGUCGUUGCUGCGCAGGACCUUGGGUGGGAGUAUGUGCUUGGCGAGACGAACUCGGCCACCGGCGGUGGCGCCGCCUCCGUCUCCCCUUCCUUCGGCGCCGCCCUCUGGCUCGCAGACUACGCCCUUCAAGCCGCCAGCGCAAACAUCUCCCGCCUGUACUUCCACCACGGCACCGUCGGCAACUGCCAGUACUGCUGGUGGGGCCGCUACAGCAUGGGCGCGCCCUACUAUGGCGCGUAUUUUGCUGCUAGUGCGUUUGCGCUGGGCGAGUGGGUCGUGCCUCUCGACGCAGGAGAGGACGCUGGAGCGGGGGAUGUGGGUGCUUAUGCGGUAUAUGAUCUCGAUGGAGCGGUCAAGGGCGUCGCGCUGCUGAACACUGCGUACUGGGAUGGCAGCGGCGAGAGGGCGGGUACCGAGGUAGUACUAAGAGGCUUAGGGAGCGGGGGUGUUAAGGCGAAGAGGCUGACGUCGGAGAGUGGUGGCGCGACGGCGAGGGUGGACAAAGGCCAGAAAGUCACGUUUGCGGGCAGGGAGUUUGAGGACGGAACUUGUGUUGUUAGUGGGGAGGAGGUGCUGGAGGAGGUUGUGGUUGAUGCGGAGGGCACGGCGAGGGUGAGUGUGGGCGCUUCGGAGGGGGUGUUGGUGCUUUUGUAGCGUGGGGGGGUUGUGUGUACGGCUGUAAGUAACAUGCACGGGUCCGACACCGAAAAGAUAGGAGAGAGAACGAGGACUGAGCUCUAAAUUGUCGGUG